AUGUCUAAUUCUACCGCUCAUUGGUCUAUUGGGCUGAGUCUUCCAUCGCGAGAUAUUUUCAAGUUGCCUCCAAGCCAACCCCAGACAGGAGGCUCCUAUCUUCGUGCACCACCUUCGAAUAUCGAUGCGCCAAACUACUUUUACCCCUUCAGAAUCAACAAUGCAAUUUUUCAGGCUUCGAUAGAUCUGACAUUUGCGCUUACCUUCUCGGUGGCCUACGUUACCACAGUCAUGUUUUUGAAUCAAUACAAUGCCAGCCGACAAUACAGACCAUGGGCAAUCAGUAGGAUCUUGCCGUACAAGAUCUUUGUCUUUGUGCACAAUUCUCUUCUUGCGCUAUUCUCGGCGUGGGUUCUCGUGGGGUUCGCAUAUGCGUCAUAUACCCAUCUGCCGACAGCUGAUGGGAAACACGAUUAUUAUGCUCGCGUGGCAGAAUAUCUUUGUCAGUCAGAAUCGGAAUCUUUUCGACGUGAGUUCAAGAAUCUCCUUCGCCUUGGAAGUAUCUCAACCGGGUUGAAGGGCUUCUCAGAGCAAGGAACCGGCUACUUUGGCUGUAUCUUCUAUUUCAGCAAAUACUACGAGGUUGUCGAUACCUUAAUCAUUUUGGCCGGAGGGAAGAGGAGUUCAACUUUGCAAACAUAUCACCAUGCCGGUGUGAUUCUAUGUGGAUGGUCGGCAAUACGCUUUAAUUCUCCUAUAGGUCUGAUAGGGUUGAUUUUGAACGCCACAGUUCAUACAUUGAUGUACACCUAUUUUGCUAUCCAGAGACUUGGAAUUCGCGUUCCUAUGGGUAUCAAACGCUCUUUGACCGGAAUUCAAAUUGCUCAGUUUUUGGUCGGCAUGGUCUGGAGCAUGUGCUAUUUGUUCGUUACCUACAGAGUACCAUCAACUACAGCAGACAAUCAUGAUAAAGAGUCGGCACAAACAUUUGAGCCACAUGCGAGCCGUGUACAUUCAUUCAUGGACUCCAACCACACCAUGGUUCCAUGCAUCACUGAUAGCGGGGAGGCAAAUGUUCUUUUUGUGACAAAUCUGUACCUUUUACCCCUGAUAUAUCUCUUUGUACAGUUUUUUAUCCGAUCAUACAGGAAGGAAAAGAAAAGAAAAUAUUGA